CCCCAGCUGCAGGCGCAGCUGCGGGAGGAGCUGUGGCGGGAACUGGGUCCCACUGGGCCCCCCGAGCCGGGGGACGUGGGGCGCCUGCCCCUUCUCCACGCCACCAUCACCGAGACCCUGCGCCUCUGCCCCCCCGCCCCACUGGCCCUGCCCCACUGCGCCCUCCGCCACACCAGUAUUGGUGGGAUCCCGGUGCCGGUCGGCUCCAUACUGGUCCCCAACCUGCUGGCAGCUCACAGGGACCCCGACACCUGGGACCACCCCGAGGACUUCCUGCCUGAGCGGUUCCUGGCCCCAGAUGCCCCCUCCCGUGCCCUCCUGCCCUUUGGCUGCGGGGCCCGAUCCUGCCCGGGGGAGGGGCUGGCACGGGCCGAGCUCUUCGUCUUCCUGGGCUGGAUCCUGCGGGAAUUCCGGCUGGAGCCCCCCGCAGCAGGGGAGGGGGCGCCCGGGCUGGGGGGGUCAGGAGGCACCGUCCUGCGACCCCCCCCCUUCCGCCUCCGCCUGCUGCCCUGCCUGCCCCCUGCCUAAGCGCACCUGGGGGGACACCUCUGGGUGCUCUGGGCUUCCUGGGGUCCCCAGAGGUUCACCCCUGGGUGCCGGGGGUGCAUCUCCGAGUGCCUAAGGCCGCACCUCUGGAUUUAUGGAGAGGCACCCCCUGAGUCCCAGGGCUGCACCCCGGGAUUUCUGGGGCUGCACCCCCUGUUUGCCUGGGGGUGCACCCUUGGGUGCCCAGGGCUGCACCCUUGGGUGUCUGAGGGUGCACCCUUGGGUGCCUGGGUCCCCCCCAGUGCCCAAGUCCUCCUGCUCCUCGCGUCUCCAGAAGCCUGGGUGCCCUCCUACCCCCACCCCGGACACCUGAGUUCUCUGGGGUCGAAGGGGCUCCGGGCAGCUUUUAUUUCACCCCCCCCCUUCCAAUAAAAGCUUCGCCUCUGACCCCUC